UUACCAUGUUGGAACCCAAAUCGUAACGCUGGAAUUGUGCAUGAUACCGUCUUUCUUAGUAACAGAUUCCUUCCGCUUCCCUUGAACAAUGUACUGGAUCGUCUUCCGGCGAGUCACAAAAAUGUAUUAGUCACCAACUGGUCACCAAAGACAUUUUCAAACAAUUUAACGUCACCAUAAUCGGAUACUCACACAAGCCGAGUUCCGGUGCACCUGGCUUUCGUUUCCAACGCAACAUGUUUGCGUUUCACUUAAGAAAGAAAUAUCCACCUUUUUCAGAAUAAUUCACUGGAAACUAUAUUUUUCUGAUGAGAAGUGAGCGAUAGCGAGUGACGCACAGCGCGCAGAUCCCACAUCUGUCGACGCAAGUGUCCAUUCAAAGAAAAUAAAUUCUAAACCUGCAAGACGCACGAGACAUAACGCGCGUAUUUUUCUAGCAAGUUUGAAAGCUCCGAAAUCGCUCAACCGUUAAUUAAAACAGACUUCCACAAAUUCAGAGCUGGCGCUGUACAACUUUGCGUUUACGUUAUGUAUCGAGAAAAACUGAAGCAGCUGCGGCAUCCUCUCUGCGGUGGGAAAUUCAGAACACUUGCUUCAGCACUUGAAGGUGGAACUUCAGCUAUAUAAAUGACCAUUUAUUUAACGUUGGCAACUCAUUUCGGGACCUGGCACUUACUGACGAGGACAUGAAACUACACGCAAUUUUUGUCUCAGUGGCCGUUUGCUUCGCCAUUAUCGGGGAAGCGGCAGUAACGACAACGAAAAAAAUGACAACGAAAAAUAUAAUGACAACGAAAAAUGUAAUGACAACGAAAAAAAUGACAACGAAAAAUGUAAUGACAACGAAAAAAAUAACGACAACGAAAAAAACAACUACACCUGCGCCAGCAAACCAAUCGUAUAAAGUUUGUAGUGACACUAAUUCAACUUCGGCCAGUGGGUCCGUUCAACCUCUAGGUGGACUAACACCGAAUACAACAGCAAGAACCUGCAACUUUAAUAUUAACGCACCGGUCGGCCAGCAAGUUCAGUUGACCUGCUGGGCCGUCAGUCUUUCUACAUUGAAUUUGAGCCAAGCUGGAUUUUCACCAGUAGUAAUAAAUUCACUGACAUUUAACAAUGUCAUCGAUAUUUUCCAAACCGGGGACUAUAUCGUACCAAACAGGGUUUACACUUCUAAGAAAAAUACGUUUUCUAUGACAUAUCGAGUCGUCAAUGCAAAGGACUUCUUUAAUUGCAGUUGGACAACAAUAACAGCGCCAGCGUCGACAGCAACGAACUUCAAAUGGUGUCGUGAUGAGCAGGCAUCAGCGGGCAAUGGGGCCAUUUCAACCAUUCAAGAGAUAAAUACCAAUGACGAUUGGUAUAGAGUGUGUCCUUUCUUCAUCAAUUCUACGGCUGGUCGUCUAACGCAGAUGUCUUGCUCGGCAGUCAGCGCUAAAUCACUUUUACCCCUUACAACUUUCGAAGGAGCUUUCGUUAUGAGCUUUAUGACGUGGCUACCGUACGUGAACAGGUUGACUGCAAGUGGAAGUCGAGCAGAUUUGCUCGUUCGUUAUUAUAAAACUGACCAACUUAAUUGUCAAUGGAAAUCGAUAACCCCAUCCUCUACGACUACAUCAGACGCCAACCUUUGCCUUCGUGGACCUUCGACAAACUCAAACGGAACUAUCCAGCAGCUAAGUAAUCUACCGUUAUCAGCUGGACAAACGAAGUGGUGUCUUUUCUCUAUCAUCGUACCUGCCGAUAAGAAAGUUCAGGUGUCAUGCUCCGUCGUCAAUUUGGUUUCAGAAUACAGUUAUUUGAUGUUUGACGGAGUUACCGAAGUACCUACUCCCUCUACUGGCUUGUUGCCAACUUUGAACAGGAUUUAUACUUCGAUCAAGAAUCGAAUAGACGUAGCGACUUCUUAUAUGAAUGGAGACGAGUUUACUUGUAAAUGGAACACAGUAACAAUCUCAGCGACGACGCCAUUUACUCUUUGCAUUCAGGGAGAGACAACGGUGGCAGGGUCAAUUAAAUCAAAUGCGGUAGCAACGGCUUUUUCUAGAGCGUGCCGCUUCAACAUCAAGGCACCUUCGAGCAAGCGCGUCAAGAUUAACUGUCCGACCGUCAACAGCCCCGAUAACAUGUUAUUGCAAUAUGAUGCGUUCGGUAACAACAAUACCCUGGCAUCGCCGAUGGUCGCCCAAACCAGUUAUACAUCAAAUAGCAAUGAAAUCGUGCUAUUCGCAGUUUUGAACUCUGUCAUGUUGAAUUGUACGUGGACAUUCGUUUAAAUUGCGAUGAAGACUGGACUUGCGUUAUCAUCUAUGAAUUGCGCAGUUUUGUGUUGACCUUUCUCAAUUUCUCCGUUGGCAAGACUUUGUUAAAAAAGAAAAAUAACAAAAAAUUUUAAAACACUAUAAUCAAUAAGACGACCGUAUAGAUGAAGGGGAAACAAUUCAAAUUGAUGUAUUUGAUUUGUUACUCCCUGAUGAGAAAUUCUUUUCGACAGGACGUACUGAUUGAUAUAAAACCAAUUUAUCAAAUAAAUUUUCGUCAAUUUAAUUUCCAUAAUCAUGGUGCAAGGCAUUGAGUUCAAUAUAUACUUGUUUAUCAAACA